GGAAGCUCGACGCAACGUGUUGAAUUUGUAAUCUCCAAUUUGUCAGCCCCAGAGUGUGAACUCACGGCUUCCUUGAGCACGACGAAGAGAUCCACGAUGAAGAGACCAAGAGCAAUGAUACUGGGGCGUGUUGUUGAGAAGGUAAUUAAACCUGAAGAUAUCCGGCUGCCGUUCCAUCCACUGCCCAGCUCCAUCGCCGACAACCUCAAAGCAACCAAGAGUACCACUCGAUAUCUUCUUCCAGUCUCAAGAAACCCCAAACAUGCCUUCCCAACGCAUCACUUGUAUCGGCAUCGGCAACAUGGGCGCCGCUCUGGCUAAGACACUCCUCGACGCGAAAACGCCCCUGACCAUCUGGAACAGGACAGCCAAUCGCCCACGGGUGGCCUCCCUUGUUGAGGCCGGCGCAGAGUUUGAUGCUGAUAUCAAGUCGGCCAUCGCAAAAAGCGACGAUGUUGUCAUCAUCUGCGUCCUCGACUAUGACACCUUAUAUCUCGCCUUCUCCCCGAUCGACUCUUCUCCCUCCUCCCUUGCCGGCAAGACAAUCGUCAACCUCACCAACGGCAGCCCGCGGCAGGCUCGCGAGGCAGAAUCAUGGAUGAAGGCUCGGGGGGCGGCGCGCUAUUUCGACGGUGGUAUUAUGGUGACGCCGCAGCUGAUGGGCACGCCGCACGCCUUUGUCGUGUACAGCGGCGAGGACGAGGAGAGCUUCUCGGGGGUUUCGGGGCGGCUCGCACCCCUCGGGAACGCGCACUAUGAGGGGUCCGAUGCCGGGGCAGCGGCGAUUCUGGACAAUGCUGCGCUGGCAGCCAUGUAUGGCAUGUUCCAAGGGGCCUUCACGGGAAUGGGCCUGCUCAAGCGACAGAAGGGGCAGCCCGGUGGGGGUCAUGGGGACGCCAAGGUUGGGCCAGCCGUGGACAAGGUCAUGGUGCCCCUUCUCACGGCCUUGGUGCCGUAUGUCGGCCUCAUUGCGAAGUCGGCGGAUGAUGAGCAGACUUGGGACGAUAGCCAGGGGAAUCCAUUGGGGAUGCAGCUCGCGGGAGUGAAGAAUAUUCUCCGUUCAUGCGAGGAGGAGGGCGUGGAUGGCCGUGGACUGGACUUUAUUCGUUCCCUUAUGCAGCGAGCGGUGGACGAACGGGGCGAAGACGGGGGUAUCGCUGCUAUCGGAAAAUACUUGGUCAAGUAA